AUGUCAAAUCCCCUUAACGCUAUAAAAAGAAAUACCUCGCCAACAUUAAAAUGUCUCAAUCUCCAUCAUGACUCUGAAUCUUCUCUGCCAUCAUCCCAGACGCGCUCAAAGUCGAUAACGUCUGGAGUGAGGUCUGCUUUCAUUCAGAGACCAGAGACCACCACUCCAGUUCAAAAUGUGAAAGGAGCAGCCAGCUUUGGUGAGUAUAGCCCACAGCUCACAGAAAGAGAAAGCAUCUUUGCUACACAUUACCUGCCCUCUGAUGGCAACGACCAGACGCCCCGACUGCCCACCGCAGAAGGAGCGAAUGAUGUUGCAAACCUUCCUCAAGAUAUAACUCCAGUCAUGGAGAUUGCCCGACCAACCUCACCCCCACGUCCCGCCUCAUCUCUCAAAGCCCUACUGUCACCGAAAAAGUCAAGAUCAACAUGGACAAUGAACAAUAUUGAACAAAAGAAGCAUUCGGAAUCGUCCACCCCUAGCAGCAAGGGUGUAGAAGGGUCAGGAGGGACAAUACACAAGUUGCGCCGUAUGGCAUCUGAGAGCCAGUCGGGAAAGCAGAUUCUUCAACUCAGAGUCACAGACAAGGCUCACCCACAUUCAACGGAGGAAACGAGUGCUAUCAUCCGCAAGGAACAAACAGACAAAAUCUGUGAUAAUGCGGAGGAGUACUCUGAUUCUAUUCCAGAAGUCAGUCAAAAACAGUCCAACCAUGGGUCUGCAAUGAAGGAAACCAUCCGACAAACAGUUAGCAAGGAGAGGAGUUCAAGCCGUGGCCGGUCCCAUGUGGAAAAGAGCAUUGAAGCUACGCUACCAAAUCGUGAUUUGGCUAAGAACGUCCGUACCAGAAAGUCCAGCCAUCUGAUGGGCAUAUUCAAGGAAACAGCACCAUCUGAUGCCAGAAAGCGUGAUGCCCCAUCUGGAUCUGCCAAAUCUAAGCACGAAGGAGGGUCAAGAGGUAUCUUGCCCCUGGACGACAAAGGCAUUCCGCAAUCACGUUCACAAGCUGCACUUUCCAUAACCUCUACCUUGACAGAUUUAGCAGCCAUCACCACCAAUACAACAAACAAAAUCUCACAUUCACCAACCAGUGCACAGUUUUCUAAUCUGUCUAUCGAUGCCGGAGCAGGCAGCUCAGUAAACUUCUUGGAAUCUCCUGACAGCUCGCCUUCUACCCCAAUAUCGCAAUCGAACAUAGGGCAUGAUCCUUACUUUAGAAAAUACGACGAAAUAAAGCAUUCAGGAAGUGGUAAAACACCCAUGCUACCAGCCAAGCUUCUUGAGGAUAUUCGCAAGCAUGGCAGUCUCAAACCAGCGGGCAAUUUUGAUACCAUUGUUUCUCACUCGCCACCGUCUAUAGUCGAACUGCUGGAGUCGGACCAUUUAACAGGCACAAAAGGCUGUCAAGGGGGGGAAGCUGAACAUCAAAACGAUGAGGACGAAGAGCACAUAUCGUCUGCGGUCUAUUUUCCACAUCCUGGACCCUCGGACGAAGACAUUGAACAAUUCACUUCCCCUGACGAAGAACAAAAGGGAAAGGGGCUUCCAGCUUCACUAAGGUCAGCCAGUCCCACUUCCAAAGCAGAGUUGAAGCGGAGUCUCAAUGAACAGGCUCAGCCUGAGCACAUCGACAUCUCUGUGAAGUCUAAACAUGAGAAAAGUGUGUUUCAUGGAGACUACCGACGAAACGAAGAACCUACUGAUGAAGUUUUGGAAAGCAAAAUUCCUGGGCCCACAGGCAAAAGAGCAACCGAUAUUGCUCCUAGUGCUUCUGACCCGGAGAUCAGCUCAGGGGAAGAGCCAAGUUAUACUAGUCAACCCGAAGAAGGUGAAGUCACACCUACAUCCACUCCCGUCCCCCAAAGUCCUUUGCAACAACGAAGUCGUGCUAUGGGCCUGAGGGGGGCAGUGGUGUUAGAGCCCUACAGUCACCAGGUUGGUGGACACUCGACGUUAUUUCGAUUCUCGCGACGUGCCAUUUGCAAGCAGUUGAACAAUAGAGAAAAUGAGUUCUACGAGCGGAUCGAGCAGAAACAUCCAGAUAUGCUUCGAUUUCUUCCAAGAUAUAUUGGCGUCCUGAACGUUACGUUCUCCAAGGGUCCUAAGCCACCGACACACACCAUACCGAUCGCGGACAAGGAAACUGAGAACGGCCAACCUCAUGUAUCUUCGAACAUGACGCGUUCGAACGGUUCCAUUAAAUCGUUGCAUGAUAAAGCGCUGCCUGAAUCGAAGCCAGCAGAGACGGCCGGACCACCGAGAAUUGUCAGUCAGUCACAGCAAAUCGGUGAAGUGCCCCGAGUCAUCUUGGACCAGAAUCGACAUAUCGUCCCUUUUAGUCUCUUUGGUUCUCCCGGGAGGCCGCGUAGCGCAGAUCCUCAUCAUGCUCACACCAAAGGUACUAUAUCUCCUAUUUCGCCCGAUGCACGUACGAGCAAAGACACAGUCUUCGGGACCGGUACCAAUAACCACUCUCCAACUCGUCCACCUUUAUCCGAGUCUACAAGCUGGGGCACUACGACUGUUAACAGUAAGCUUCGAGAACAAGUGCUCAGGGAGGUUUUUGGGCCGCCUUUGAUCCAUCACCACAGAAAGCACGCCAAGGUCCACGCCACCCUUCCCCGCCUACGCACACCCAGCCAUAAAAAGACCCACCUCUCAGAAAUCCAGUAUGACACCCAUCGCAGAAACAACAGCAUACUCACUGAGCAAUGGCGGACGCCUAAUCCGACCGAUGCGCAUGAUCCCGCUGAGGUAAAGGAGAACCUGUUGAUCCUCAACGGAGAGGAGCCUGUGAUUGACGCAUACUCCACUUCCGCCUCAGAAUUUGAGGACCUUGCAAGAGGCCUAGAGAAGGUAAAGACCGCAGCAAAUACCGACUCUCAGCUUUCCGCAGGCAGUCCAAACAGUCGAAGUCGGCGACGCCACUCUGGUAUGGGUCUACGAAGACGGAGAAAUUCGGGCUGUAGGAACGCUAGCGGUGGCCUCGAAUACUUUGAAAGUGAUGAAUAUGGGCCCGACAUCAAUGGAGACAUGUUGCCCAUGGAAUUUCACAGCUCAGGUGCCUCGUUUUCGAUGCCUGUCCCAUCAAUUGCGGUGCCACCAGAUCUGAAUCUCAGCACAACGUUUCGAAAUACGACUGAAAGACUGAGCAACCAGGCAUCAGAGGCUUCGAAGAAAAACAAGGGGCAGCCAAGUGUUAGACUGUCCGAUUUUGGUAUGCAACACUUGCCCCUUAAUCCAAAGGAAGCGCAAACCCAGAAUCCCGACCAGCGCGUUGUGUAUUUCCUACUUCUCGAAGAUCUUACGGCAGGUAAUGGGGACUCGCCAACGACAACUUCGCAACAGCUUGGGGUGCGUAUUUGCGGGAUGCAAACCUACAAUGUUAAAAAGCAGCAGCCCACAUAUGAAGACAAAUACUUUGGUCGCGAUGUAAAAGCUGGAAGAGAGUUUAGAGAUGCGCUUACGAGGUUCCUCUACGAUGGCAUCAGCUAUUCUAGUGUCUCAAGACAUAUCCCAACCAUUCUGGACAAGAUCUCGAAACUAGAAAACAUGGUCCGUCGUCUUCCAGGAUACCGAUUCUAUGCCAGUAGCUUGUUGAUGCUGUAUGAUGCCGAGCCUGAAAAGUCGCAAAAAGCGAUCGAAGCAGCACAGAAAUCGAAAGGCGAAGAUAAGGAAGGAGAGAAGCAAAAGGCCGGCAUGAAAUGGCCAUCUCCGAUCGAAUUGAAGAUCGUUGACUUCGCCAAUUGUGUGAUAGGUGAGGAUGAGCUACCAGCAGGUGCCGUUUGUCCACCACAGCAUCCCAAUGAUAUCGAUCGAGGAUAUCUAAGAGGUCUGAGGACACUGAGAAUGUACUUCCAGCGGAUCCUUCGCGAUAUCAACCAAGAAGAAUACGUUGAGCGGGGUGAAGGCGAGGGCAUGGCUAUUGGAAUUGCAGGAGGAAAACAGGGGCCACCGGAAGGAGAUAUUGAAGAGGAUGCUGGGGAAGUCAGUAUCUGA